AUGGCGGAGAAAGAGUCGUACGAAGCACGACUUGAGAGUUCAAAUGAUAAUAUUUUUGAAAUAUUGCAAAAAGAAGCAGCGAUAACACCUGACAGUAUAAGCACUAAGGACAAAAAGGUAGCUGACACAAUUGAAAAUAUUAUUGAUUUUGGAAGAGAUCAACUUGGAUAUCGGAAUUUGCCAGGUUCACAUUCGCAGUGUUUGCCUGCAACAACUAAUGACAAUGAUGAAAUUGAAGGUUCACUUGAUGAUACAUCUCCUAAUUCAAAAAGACCAAAGUUAAUAAUAUCUUCUCCAAACUCUGUAAUUACAGCUGAUGCUUGUGUGAGUCCAGAGAAUAGCAAGAGGAGGCGAAUUCAGCACGAUUAUAGACGUUUGUCCAGCUCCGGUUAUGUUGAUGAUUAUGAAGCAGGAAAAGCACAGAUAUUCAACACUGAAGAUCCUUCUGUAAUAGUAGCCCCAAAUGUUUCUCCACGUUUGAAAGUCAACAGUACCUCACCAAAAGCAAAAUCUCCGAAUAUGCCAUUUAAUAUGGUUAAAAGUCCACCUUUAACAGAUGGUGACACACGUCAUGUUGUUAAAAAGGAAAAACAAGACUUGAAAACAUCACCAAAAGAUUUGAAUGAGAGAGCUGUGGAUGAUGCAGAAGAGCAACCAGCUGUUGGUCACAACUCUCACCAGUUGUCACAGAAUCCAGCAGAGACAAACAACGCUGCAUCACCACGGAAAUCAAGAAUUGUGAAAACCGACAUUGCUGUGUCCAGUUCAAAGAUACCGUAUCAGAAUGGAUGCCUUCAUUCUGAGCAGAAGGCAAACGGUGGAAUUGAAGGCAGGUCCAAUGAGAGAGUCCCUUUAGAGAAGAUCGGUGUAAAGGGAAUUUCUACUGCUGAUCAGCUUCCAUCCAAGGUUGAUAUUAAUGCCAGCAGUUUAAGAAUCAAUUCUCCAAGAACACCGACAAAAAAGCGAAUCGUCAGCAAUUGUGGGGUUCAGGUUAACUUGCGUCGCAGAACAGAAAACAAAGGAUCGCAGACGUCAAGCCAGGUUUUGUUUCCACAUGGUGUGUACCACAAGUUUGAUUCAGGAUCUCAGAAUUAUGCACCAGAAGCCCACAGCCACAAAUCUCAAGUUCACACACAGUCACAAGCAACACAGACUGCUGAUGUUCAGUCCACUACUCCAAUUAAAGUCCGACACCACACGUCCAAAUUUGAUGUCUCAUCUAUACCAUUUUAUCCCAAUUCUGAUGAUCGAAUUCAUAACUUUAAAAGCCAAGAAAAAACUGAUUUUGUGUCAAAAUAUAGCAAGUAUAUUCAUAUUGACAAACACCCUAACGGGGGUUCUGUCGUGGUGCAUUCUUACCAGGACGAGUUGUGCGAUCUUUCUCCGGAAGAAAUGGAAGAGUUUGUGCAGGGAUAUUUUGAUAUUGUGUAUGGGGAGGAGACUGAGGGCGUCUCAGACUGUGUGAUGGGCAUUGUUCAUGGAGCAGCUAAAUAUUUACCCGAUUUCAUUGACUAUUUUGGUGAGUGUUACCCCAACAUGCUUGUCAAGGCAGGCAUGCUGGGAAGGUCUGACGUAGAUUCCACCUCGAUGGGUGCCUACAAGAAACAGUUGCAAAACACAUAUCAAAAUGGAACCUUCCGCACAGGGCCUCUGUUGCAAAUUAGCCUGGUUGGGACGGUCCACGAAGAGGUUGGAGACUUUUUCCCAGAGUUUCUAUCUCUGUUGGAGAAAGACCCAUUCCUGAAGGCUACAAUACCGUGGGGCACCUUGUCCACACUGCAGAUCAGUCCUAGAGAAAGUAACGAUGGGCCGAUUCUGUGGGCCAGACCAGGAGAGCAGUUGAUUCCAACUGCUGAGAUGGCAAAAUCCCCCAUGAAGAGGAAAAGGGGUGCCAAUGAAUUGAAAAACUUGCAAUAUUUGCCACGUGCCUUAGAACCAAGAGAGAUAUUGAUUGAAGACCGCACCCGUUGUCAUGCGGAUCAUGUGGGCCAUGGCUUCGAUCGUGUCACUACAGCAGCAGUCGGUGUUCUGAAGGCAGUGCAUUAUGGAGAUACAAAACCGGGAUAUAAUCGUAUUGUGAAGGAAGUUGUUUGUUUUCAUGCUGGGGACUUCCUCACCCUCACUCAGAAACUUCAGCUUGAUCUUCACGAACCUCCCGUCUCACAGUGUGUCACUUGGGUAGAAGAUGCCAAAUUGAACCAGCUGGCCAGGGAAGGCAUACGCUAUGCAAAGAUUUCUCUGAGUCACGAUGAUAUCUACUUCAUUCCGCGCAACAUCAUCCACCAGUUCAAGACGGUAUCGGCCGUCUCCAGCAUCGCUUGGCACAUCCGCUUGAAGCAGUAUUACCCAGAGAUCCAUGCUCCCAGCUCCGAAAACUCUGACACGGAGAACACAAAUAACAACAACAACAGCAGCAGCAGCAUUAGCCCCAAGCACGAAGCCAGUGUUGAAGUGAGUAUGCAGGUCGAAGAACCGGCUGUUGUAGAUGCUGUUGUAAAGACUGAUGAUGUCGUCAAGGUGAAAACGGAGGAAGAGAUUUCAAAAGUGAAUGAAGUAGACACAGAUCUGACAGAACAGAGGUAGCAUGUUACAGUGUUAAGAUGAUGCGUCAGUAGGACAGUUUUUAUCACACUUCAUGAGGCCAUCCUUUUGUAUAGAAAAGAUGAGAGAGGGGUUGGUAUAACAUGGGCAUCUAUUUUGUUUAGAAGGACUGUAUAUUUUAAAGAGAUUGCCCUGAGUUUGUUGCCAUUGUAAUAUGUUUCCGAUUAAUAGAGCAUUUUAAGUGACUAAAAUUGCAUAUUAAAUACAUUUUCUUGUUUAAAACAUCUAUGUAUGUAUAACUAAUGUGUUUCUGUCUUGAUGUUUGUAAUAGUCCAGCAAUCCCUACAGUUAAGAAAAUGUCCACAGCAGAAAAAAAUGUCACUGAAAACAAAACCUGAAUAUAGUGCCAUGGAGAACUAAAAUCACAGCAUUGCAGAUUGCCGUGGGCAAUUUGGGGAUUGUCCAUAUGAUUUUUACUUGACAAUAAUUUUGUACAUAUGAAACAAAAUUUAAAUUAGAAAGUAAAUAAAGUCUGAGCUUUCAGGGCUAUAGAUUGCAUCAAAGUUGAGGUGAUAAACGAUGUGCUCAAAAUACAUACGUGCCUGAAAUAAUCACGCCCAAAUUAAGUACAAAGAUGCUGACUGCAAAAGAUUGCACCUCAAAACCACUGAAAUGUUCAGUUUAAUUAAAUUAAAAUGAUAUCUCUACAGCACCUGUUAAUUACAGUAUUGAACUGAACUGACCUUCCUGCUCUCAGUAAAGACAAAAGUGAGAUCUAAUGUCCUGGCUGUUAUAAAUAUAUUAGGCUGAACAGAAGCACACCAGCUUUAUACAGACACUUAUAUUCUAAAAAAACCUGUGUAAUAUGUAAUUUAAAUCUUUGAAAAAUAUCUGUUAGUUGGAAGUAUCUUACAAUGGCAACAAACUCAGGACAGUCCCCAUAAACUUUUAUUAUUAUUUUAAAUUUAAUAUAUUGAGGCACUGGUGGUUAAAAUGUAUAUAUAUUAUCAACAUCGUAAUAAGAUUUUUCAUAGAUUUCUCAGGUUUAUAUUCGAUUGACCUGAUAGUUUACCCAACUGUUUGUUUCUGUUUUCUGGAUCUUAUUUGUCUUGAACGCAUUAUGAUAUAUAUUUAUUUAUAUAUCUGUUACCUAGUCUGACCAAUUAAGGUAUAUGGUAUUAAAAACAAAUUUAUACAAUUUAAGCUUGACAAAAUACAUUUUUGACAGUUUGACAAAUUACAAUAAAACUGAAAGAAAAUAUUAUGGUUGUUGAAAUCACUUUUUGGUGAAUUCUUUACAAAAUGUAUGGCCAAAUUCAUCUUUAGCAUAUACUUGGCAUUUGCAAGUAAGAGCUUAAACCCAACCCUUUGUUGAUAUGUAGUAUUGUUACCAAACAGUGAUUAUUUCUCCUACUAUACACUUGAUAGCAUCCAUACAUGGCAUCUAAGACAUUUGAGAGGUAUUUUUACUGUUAAUGAAUAUAUUGUAAAGUAAAAUCUGUUAUGUUGUAUCAACAUAUCUGUUUACAAUUCAGUGAAAUUCCCUCCGAGCCAAAAUGUAAGACUAUAUAUAUAUAUAUAUAUAUAUAUAUAUAUAUAUGUGAAUGUUUUUCAUAGUUUAAUGUUAUUGAAAUCCAUUAAAUUAACUAAACUUGGAGAUUUAACUUAUUUGCGUAAGUGUCCAGUUUAAGGGUAUUAUGUAUUGUAAGAAAGAACAGAUCUGUUCAGAAUAUGAACAAUGUAUAGAUCUUUGACAGGGCUAGUUCUAGAAGAGUAGAUAAUAGGGCCAAAUUAUCUUUGAAACUUCCAAAAUUGCAGAAACCCAGUUAUUUUUCAUCAACAUAUCAAUCAUUACAGAACUAGCCAUGAAUUUUUUGUUGUUGAGGUGAGCCAUUAAUUGCUCCCCUAAAUUAGAUUGAUUGUAGGGCUCUACUGAAGAUGAUACCAUAUUGAGCAUUGAUAUUUAAUACUUUUGUAGUACUGGUACUAUUUUCUUUUUUGAACUAUCCCUGAAUUUUUUGUUGUUGAGGAGAGCGAUUAAUUGCUCCCCUAAAUUAGAUUGUAGGGAUCUAUUGAAUAUGUUACCAUAUUGAGCAUUGGUAUUUAAUACUUUUGUAGUACUGGUACUAUUUUUCUUAAAAAUUACAUGUAAGGGGAGCUAAAAAUUGCUGUCCUUGAACUAAUCUUACGAGAGUGAUGAGGAGCUAAAGUGAUAGAACCACUUAAAUGGAGAGGUCUGCAAUUCAUGAAAUUGUUUUAUCAAAUUAACAUAAAAUUAGCCUAAAAAUUAGCCAAAAUUUGCAAAUCGCAGAGCUGGUCUAGCUGAUUAAAGCUAUGUUAAGAAAAGAUAUUACGUUAUUAAACACUGAAAUCACAUACAACAACCAUUCCUUCUCUACUGACUUGCAGGGAACAUUUUGUUCUCAAAAUCUUGAUUAGCGAUAUUUUUAGUCAUUUGAAAAUCGAUUAGCUGUUAAAUGUUUUAAAAUUUUGUAGUGAUGUCUCAAAUUUACGUAGCGAGAUACUGAACAUGUUCCCUGCCUUGAUUCAGGAAGAACAUGACUCUGUGGGUGAGGGUACUGAGUACUUUGAAUAAAGCUAGUAAUGUCAUAUCAAACUUUCUCAUUUUAGCUAUCAUGAAGUGUUAUUUUUGCAUUCUGUAUCUUUGUGUAUAUUUACUCAUUUUUUUGUCAUUGAGUGUAAAUUUAAUGGAUAUAAUCUCACAUUCAUCAGCAAUUUGGUUUCCAAAAGAUAUCGCUUAUUGCAAGACCUAUCUUAGAAUAUAUCUUAGAAUUUUAAUUUUUAUAUCAUUUAUAUUUUAAAAAUAUAAGUACCAGUAGUUGGUCAGUAUAAUAAAACUGCUUAAUUUAUACAGUUUUAUUAGCUAAUGUAUUUGCCAACUGCUUAACAAGUUCAAAAUAAUUGUGAAUAUUUACAGUUGAUCAGUUUCUUUACACAUAUUUGUAAAAUAGUUAUGUUUUGAUAGAAGCUCUAACAAACACAAAUGUCUUACAUUGAUAAGUUUCAUUAACUCUGUGAUCUAUAUAAAGAUUGUCUAUUGUGUAUCAAAAGUUCUUGGUUCAAGUUUCAGCUUUUCUUUUCUCUUGGUUUACAUUUAUUAUUUAACUGCAGUAAUUAAAGUAUGUACCUAAAAUCUGACAUUAAAUGCAAGAAUCAUUGUAGCUUAUUUAAAGGAAUAUUUUAAUAGUCUGCGUUGCAUUGUCAAGUUCAUAUUAAUUUAGUUUAUUUGUUGUGUUAUUUUAAUGAUCGGAGUUGCAUUUUCAAGUUCAUAUGAAUUUAGUUUGUCUAUUGUAAUAUUAACCACUGUGAAAAUGUGUUGUUGCAGAGCUGUGAUAGUCAUUUAAAAAUACUACAUCCUUCAUAAAAUAUUGUCUUGUUAUGAACUGACCCACAGUGUAAGCAAUGUAUUGUUCUGACCAUUCUGUGACUUGUAUUUUAAAAAUACAAAUUAUAUGCAUGCACUUUAUUGGGAAAAAUGAAGAAAUGUGUUGGCUCAAUAAUUGUUUGGGCAAUUUGUUUGAGUCAGUCGGCUAUAAACAGAAAUAAAUGUUCUUAAGUUUGGCCGUGUACUAGUCUGUUAUACACAGAUGUUGAAUAUUCACAUUUAGUAGGAAGUACAUUUAAAUUCAUCCAACAUGGCACUUAUUAGUCCCCUACUGGUCCAAUUGGAGGGGACUAUAGGUUUUGUCUUUGUCCUUUUGCCGAAUUGUCUGUCUGUCAGUUUUCAUGACUUUUUUUUUUUUUUUUUUUUUUUUUUUAUUAUUAACAAUGCCUCGAUAAUGAGUUACAAUUUUGUGUAUUGGUUUAUCAUGUACAGUUACAGAUUGUUUCACUUGCAUGUGGAUUUACUCAUUAUGACAGUAUGGCCAGAUCAAGUGUGACUCGUGGGAAUUUAUUCAAGAAUCAUAACUCUUGUCAAAUAUGGAAUUUAUCCAUGUUUGACAGAGUUAUGGCCCUUGACCGUAGGUAUGUGAGGCCGGGUAGGGGACAUAUAUUGCUUUAGCAGUACUCUCAGAAUGCUUGUUUAUGUUACUCAUAUAACCUACAUAUAUGAUAUAUUUGAAUUUGUUACUAUACUUGUUACAUGUUAUUUAUCUUCACAAUGCUUGCACUGCCAUUGCCUGCUUAAUUUCUCUUUUUAAUAGAAAUAUACUUUGAACUAAAAUUGAACUAUGCAUAAAACCAAAAACUAAGAUUAACAGGGGUGCAGAAAGUACUCACCCAGUCACCAAAUUAAAGUAGAAAUUCUGACGGAUGAGUUUUAAAAAUGGAACUAUAACUCUGAUGGGCGAUGUCUCUUUUUCUGACUGACUAAUUUUAAUAUAUAUAUAUCAGUGUUCUCGCUGGGUGAAAAUUAAAGGAGAGCGGCCGCUCGGCACCACAUCCUUCAAACCCCCCCCCC